AUGCCUACUCUAGGAGGUCUUUUGAAGAAACGGCGAACGAGGGAUUCGCAAGACCUCUCCAAGGAGCUCCAGGCCGGUUCCACCACGACUGGCCACACCACGACGUCACCAAUCGCUGCCGAAGACUCCCAGUCCCAGCAGCACCACGGCCACCACGGCGGCCACCAUUUCUUCCACCAUAACCACCAUAACCACCAGCCUUCUAACAAUUCGGCUAAUUCGGCGAAUUCGCAGAAUUCCCACGCCGCUAAACACCACCAAUUCGACCAGUCUUCAGCUACCAGUAACCAGCCUUCCGACGGGCAAACCGCCUCCAUGCAAUCCCCCGCACAACAGCCCUCUAGUACUUCCGCACACUCGAAUUCCGGCCACCACAGCAAUGCCGCCAGCAUACACAACAUCAUACACCCGUCGCAGCAGAAUACCCCGCAGGUGUCGCGGGCGGAGCGUACCACCAAGGGCAAAUACACCCUCGAUGAUUUCGCAAUCCAGCGCACCCUCGGCACAGGUAGUUUUGGGCGCGUCCACCUCGUGCAGUCGAAGCACAACCACCGCUACUAUGCCAUCAAAGUAUUGAAAAAGGCGCAAGUUGUCAAGAUGAAGCAGAUUGAGCAUACGAAUGAUGAGCGACGGAUGCUGAACCGCGUCAGGCAUCCUUUCCUGGUCACCCUGUGGGGGACUUGGCAGGAUGCUCGAAACCUCUACAUGGUUAUGGACUUCGUCGAGGGUGGAGAGUUGUUCAGUCUGCUUCGGAAAUCUCAGCGGUUCCCCAACCCUGUCGCGAAAUUCUAUGCUGCCGAGGUCACUCUGGCACUGGAGUAUCUCCACUCAUUGAAUAUUAUUUAUCGAGAUCUUAAGCCUGAGAACUUGUUGUUAGACCGCCAUGGGCAUCUCAAGAUUACCGAUUUCGGCUUUGCGAAGGAGGUGCCUGACAUUACCUGGACCCUUUGCGGAACACCUGACUAUCUCGCUCCAGAGGUCGUGGCUUCUAAGGGUUACAACAAAUCUGUCGACUGGUGGUCCCUAGGUAUUCUGAUCUUCGAGAUGCUGUGCGGGUUUACACCCUUCUGGGACCAAGGGUCGCCUGUCAAGAUAUAUCAGAACAUCCUUGCUGGGAGAAUCAAGUUCCCACCAUACCUCCACCCCGAUGCCGUCGAUCUGCUCUCCCGCCUGAUCACCUCGGAUCUUACCAAGCGGUUGGGUAACCUCCACGGUGGCCCCGACGACAUCAAGAACCACCCAUGGUUCGCGGAAGUCACUUGGGACCGGUUGUUGAGGAAGGAGAUUGACGCACCUUACGUUCCCCCGAUCAGGGGCGGACAAGGUGAUGCCAGCCAGUACGAGAACUACCAGGAAGAGUCAGAACCCUACGGCCAGGCCGGCGAGGAUCCCCACGGUCACCUGUUCCCCGAUUUCUAG